AUGUCUGACCAACCGACCGGAGGUCCAGGAUCUCGGCGGCCCUCACAGCCUUUUGGUGGCUGGAUGGACCCCAAUCAUGGGCAAACAGAUCGAGAUGCCUCCCAACAACCGCUUUCUGCGCCGUCCUCUCGGCUACAACCAGCAGUGUCGCUUACUCCUGCAUGGGAUCAACCUUAUGACCCUCGGUUGGACGAGGGCGUGACACCUAGCUCACCGAUCGAUCCAACGGCUCUCCAGGCUGCUCUCCCCCCUGAACUCAAUCUUUCUGCGCCGUUAGACAUCACGACUGCAGACGAACGGUUUUCAUUCGAUAAUACAAACCCUUUCAUGGAAGACUCGGCUGGCAGAAACCUUCUCGAGUCAGACCGGAUGCCCCUCACGGCUGGUCUGCAAUCCACGUCUAAUCCAGGGGACUCUCAUCCUCGUGACAGCUUUCAAACUGUGUCAGACCUUGGAAACGACCAGCCUAGAUUCCGUGACAUGCUGCACCCCAAUAGAGAUACCGAAUAUGGCCAAAGAUCACCCCGUCGCCGUCCAAGUUAUGGAAUGUCACUGGACCCAAACGAAUAUCACUCUUCAUCUCGCCCCGUAUCUUCAACGUCUGAUGCUUUACAUCUUGCCGGGUCAAUCGUUAGAGCUAUGUCGCAACGUGUGGUCAAUAUUAGCGGAGAUGAGGUGACCGAACGUCAAAAUUCCAAUCGCCAUUCAAGAUCACCACACGGCUCUGUGUCAAGCCGUAGCCGAGCGCCCAGCUUCACCGGACAUACAGACACCUCUUAUCCUUCCCAGACCCAAAACUUAGCAGGUGGAAAGUCUGGAGAUCAGAGAUUCUCGUCUAGUGAGAUCCCCUCGCGACCACAUAUUCGGCAACCAGCUCCCAAUCCACUUAAAGGGAGAUCAUUGGGAUUUUUUGGCCCAGAUAGCGUCAUCAGGAACAAGCUCUGCGACGUUUUGGUAAACCCGUAUCUUGAACCUCUGAUCCUGCUCCUCAUUGUGGUUCAGACCGUUUUGCUCACUAUUGAAUCAGCCCCGAAUGUGUUUGCAGACGGGUAUGGGCGACCAGAGCGCUGGGGUCAGCGAUGGAUAGACUGGGCCAUCUUGGGUUUAUUCAUCAUUUUCACUCUAGAGGUUAUCACUCGCAUCAUCGUUUCCGGCUUCAUCCUCAAUGCCUCGGAGUACAGCACUAUUGACAGGAAAAGGGGCAUACGCGCUGCUAUUGAAGACCAAUAUAGAGCGGUGUUCCAACCCCAGCACAAGUCCCAGAAAGCAAGCGUUCAAUUCAACCAAGAGCCGUCCAUGAUUUCUCGAUCUUUCACCACCCUCAUGCAGGGACAACAAGCCCUGCCUGAAACAGCGGAGGAACAUCAACGAUUCCAGCUAGCACGACGUUCAUUCCUGCGACACUCCUUCAACCGGUUGGAUUUCGUCGCCGUAGUUGCCUACUGGAUUUCUUUCGUACUUGGCAUUACGGGUUGGGAAUACCAGCACCAUUUGUAUGUUUUCAAAAUGCUUAGUUGCCUACGAAUAUUACGACUGUUGGCUAUCACCAAUGGAACCGCGAUUAUUCUGCAAAGUUUGAAGAAGGCAGCGCCGCUGCUAGUUCGUGUUGCAUUCCUCAUAUGUUUCUUCUGGCUGCUCUUCGCUAUUGUUGGCCUUCAAAGUUUCAAGGCAAGCUUCAGUCGUCAAUGCGUAUGGCUAGACCCGGACAAUCCCACUGAUCUCAAUUCAACCUACCGACAUGACCAAGGGUUUUGCGGUGGCUACAGAAACAAUGAAACGGGUGAUACUCAUCCUUGGGUAAAGAUGAUAAACUUGGAAGGUUCCUUGGAGCCGGGUAACCUAGCGAAUGGUAGUAAUCGCGGCAAAGGCUUCCUUUGCCCCCGUGGAUCCCUUUGCCUAGAGCAGAGCAAUCCUUACGGCGGCACCGUGAGCUUUGACAACAUCGCCCAAUCCCUGGAGCUUGUCUUCGUGAUCAUGGCUGCCAACACGUUCUCGGACCUUAUGUACUGGACGAUACAGUCGGACUAUACCGUCGCCGCUUUGUUUUUUGGUUCGGGUGUCAUGGUGUUGACGCUCUGGCUCAUCAAUUUAUUGAUUGCUGUCAUUACAUCAUCCUUCCAGGUCAUCCGUGAGGAGUCGCAUUCAAGUGCUUUUACCUCCGAGGAGCCUCGGGCUUCUCAUCUCUUCGCGGAAGAUGAGUACCGCCGUGUUCCAACGCUGGAAAGAAUGUACGAAAAAUCACGCGUGUUCUGGGUGGUGGUGAUUGUGUUUGGCCUGGUGAGCCAAGCCUUUCGAAGUUCAGAUAUGAAGACAACGACAGGCGACUUUGUGAACUAUGCCGAAAUUUUGGUGACCAUUCUCCUUGAUAUCGAUAUUAUUCUGAGGAUUGCGAUAAAUUGGCGGGGUUUCCAUCGCAGCAAAAGCAAUUUGUUCGACCUCCUUUUGGCUGUCAUCACCUCGAUCAUUUUGAUUCACCCGAUCAAAGAGUCGGCGGCGUAUCCAUGGCUCACUGUCUUUCAGAUUUUGAGAACUUACCGCGUGGUCAUGGCUAUACCUGUAACGAGAAAGCUGAUUAUGUUGGUACUCGGAAAUGCAGCGGGUAUUGCUAAUCUGAUGCUCUUUGUCUUCCUGAUGUCUUUCUUAGCCGCUAUUCUUGCUGCUCAGCUUUUCAGGGGUGUGAUUCCGCUCGAAGAAGACGGCGAAAUCAAUAACGUGUCCUUCUAUACGUUAUACAAUUCGUUUCUAGGCGUAUACCAGGUGCUCACCACUGAAAGUUGGACUGGGAUCCUGUACAUGGUAACGUCAAACACAACUAAACAUGGUACAGCAUGGAUUGGUGCGAUAUUUCUGAUCGGCUGGUUCAUUCUCUCCUUCUUCAUCUUAGUCAACAUGUUCAUUGCUGUCAUCCAAGAGAAUUUUGAUGUCUCCGAGGACGAAAAACGACUGGAGCAGGUGAAGGCAUUUCUCCAACGGAGAGAUCUUGGCAGUUCUUCAAGUACUCUCGCGCUGUCUACUAUUUUCAGCUUUGGGAGGGGCCGUCGCGCUAAGGACCCAUUUGAUCACGGCCCAGCUAUGACUGAAAUGCUUCUUAAGGAUGCCGUCGUUAAAGAAUUUCUUGACGAGCCCGGAGAAACGGAGAAGGAGAAUGUUGGUGAACACAACCCACCCCAAAGGUCUGCGACGACUCUUCUAGGUGAUGUUCGCCCUGGAUUUCUUUCGAAAAUCUGGGGUAGGGCUGUCAACCGUUUCGUGAAGCGAGAGCCAAAUCCAUUUUACUCAACCAUCAACUUCAAUAGUCUGGAUGACACUCUGGACGCAAGGCAGAUGGCGCAGCAGGCUGUAUCGGCGGCAUCAACUCGCCGCCAAGCGCAGCGAGAGUACCUUGCUCGCCACCCCACGUAUAACAAAUCACUCUAUCUAUUCCUCCCAAGUCACCCUCUUCGACGCCUGUGCCAAAGACUCGUUGGCCCGGCGAGAGGCUACGAACGGAUCGACGGAGUUGAGCCAAGCAAAGCUGCCUGGUAUUCCUUCUCCGCUUUUGUAUAUGCUGCAACAUUGGCCAUGGUCAUCAUCGCCUGCAUCACAACCCCGUUAUAUCAGUUGCCAUAUGUGGAGCGUGAUGAGCUGCAGUGGUACGUGUGGACUGAUUUGGCCUUUGCUGUUAUAUUCACUGUGGAGAGCGGCAUCAAAGUCAUUGCAGACGGCCUUAUCAACACUCCCAAUGCAUAUCUCAGGAGUUCAUGGGGUAUUGUGGAUACAAUUGUGCUAAUUACUCUCUGGGUGAAUGUUGGAACUCUACUAGACAAUAAUGAUAAAGUCUCAAGGGCGACCGGAGCAGUCAAGGCGUUUCGAGCUCUCCGCUUAUUGAAUAUCAGCAACAGUGCGCGAAACACUUUCCACUCACUUAUUAUUGUUGGAUGGUGGAAAUUACUUGGUGCUGCAUUUAUCUCAAUUUCGUUGCUCAUUCCCUUCGCAAUCUACGGCCUGAACUUGUUCAAUGGGCUGAUGAUUAGCUGCAAUGACGACACAGCAGGGUUGAUCACUAAGCUCGAAGAUUGCUUUGGAGAAUUCGUUAGCACUCCCUACAGUGAAUCAUGGGAAACUUUAGCCCCAAGAGUUGCCUCGAACAGUUACUUCCGCUUCGACGACUUCUCCUCUUCCAUCUUCACGCUUUUCGGAAUUACCAGCCAGGAAGGUUGGACGGAUGUGUCUUUUGCUGCCCAAGCAAUCACUAGCCGUGGCUACCAACCCCAACCCAGGACAUCCGAAGCAAACGGCAUAUUCUUCAUCAUUUUCAAUCUGAUGGCAACCGUCUUUGUGCUCACUUUGUUCAUCUCAGUUUUUAUGCGAAAUUAUACGGAACAGACCGGAGUCGCGUUCCUGACUGCUGAGCAACGAUCCUGGCUUGAGUUGCGGAAACUGUUGCGACAAAUCUCGCCAUCAAAGAGCUCAUAUGAUGAUUCGGGAAAACGGACCUGGACACGCUGGUGUCACAAAAGGGCAAUCGAGAAACGCGGCAAAUGGUACCAGACUGUCACCGUCGUCUUAGUCUUGCACCUUGUCCUGUCGAUGGUCGAAUUCAAAGGCGAGCCACGAGAGUGGGAGACCACUCGAAGUUCAAUAUUCCUCAUCUUCAUCCUAAUAUAUGUGGCGAACAUCGGAAUUCGGAUACAGGGUUUAGGUUGGACCCGCUUCCGCCGAAGCGCCUGGGAUCUCUACUCUCUCAUCUCUGUUUCCGGUGCUCUAGCUGCUACAGUCGCGGUUCUCAUCGUCAAGCACGAAAAGGAUACGUUUGUCCAGGUCCAUAAGUAUUUCUUGGUCGGAAUCGUCCUGUUGAUUAUUCCUCGUAACGAUGCUUUGGAUCAACUUUUCAAAACGGCGGCAGCCAGUGUCUCCAGCAUCAUCAACCUCUUGGCCACUUGGCUUGUGCUCUUCCUGGCCUUCGCUAUCGCUUUUACACAGGCUUUCAGCUUAACCCGGUUUGGAGCCGAAGCGACUGGUGACUGUAACUUCCGAACUGUCCCCAAGGCAAUGAUCUUGCUGUUUCGGCUGAGUUUCGGAGAGGCUUGGAAUGCAGUCAUGGAGGACUACGCAUUCAUUGAGCCUCCAUUCUGCACCGAUGAUGGCAAUUUUUUCAGAAGCGACUGUGGAAGUAAGCCGUGGGCGAGAUUCUUGUUCGUGGCCUGGAAUAUUCUCAGUAUGUAUCUCUUUGUCAACUUAUUCGUCUCUCUCAUCUACGAGAGCUUUAGUUACGUCUACCAACGCUCAACCUGGGUUGCGGCUGUUGAUCGUGACGAAAUUCGGCGCUUCAAAGAGGCUUGGCGCAGCGUUGACCCUGCUGGAACGGGUGCAAUCAGCAAAGAGACUUUCCCAAGACUACUUAGUGAGCUAUCUGGUGUUUUUCAAAUGCGCAUCUAUGAUGCCGAGGAUUCCAUACACCAGAUAUUGGACGAUAUUCAUGGCCAAGACAAGAGAGAUCCUCAUGCGUCGAUUGCAACGAGCAGCGGCUAUAGUAACAUUAACCUUGCCAGGCUCAAUGAGCGUCUGGCUCUCCUAGACAAAGAGAAAAUACGUGAGCGAAGAAGGCGCUUCAAUAUGUUUUAUGAGGAGGUUUUAGUGAGUGCUGAUCCUGAUCGAGGAGUCACAUUCACGGGUGUUCUCAUGAUCUUGGCUCAUUACAACAUCAUCAACGAUAGCAAGAGUCUCAAGUUGGAUGAAUUCUUGAGACGCCGUGCACGCCUACAACGCGUGGAGGACUCGGUCCGCCGGAAAAUUGUCCAGGGAUUCUUUGACACACUGUACUGGUCAAGGAAGUUCAAAAAGCAUAGAAUGUCAAGGUUGUCUGCUCGAAUGACCACUAUCCCACAACUGGACAUUCCCGACAUUAUGGUCGACCCUGACUUCGACAGCCAGGAUGAUGCGGACAAGGGACAGACGCGAUACUCAGCCCCUCAAGCAACAUCAACGACGCAUUUGAGUGUUGACGGAAAGCAGCACCACUCGCGAAAACACAGCGAAGGGGCCAACGACGGUCAGCCAUCCUCAUGGAGCUCAUCGGCGUGGGCUCAUCCGUUGAGUUUCCCUCGAUCAACAUCUUCGACUCCAUCGCCUCCACUCUCACCCGCAAGCUUCGGUUUCGAGCUCCGCGAAGGCUCUGGCCAGCUGGCACCUUCAGGAGAGCUUCACCGGCGAACGAGUUCCGUCAGCCCAAGCCAAGCCAGGGAAAUGCUUGAUGACUCGGCUUGGAUGGAAAGCAUCCGUCGAAGUGCAACUACUAGGCGACCGAACCGGAGAUCUAGCUGA